UUAUUAUUACUAUGCUUUACCGAGCGAUUAAAAGCCAUAUUUAUACAUAUAUAUACAUAUAUUAUUGUAUGCACUACUUACAAAAGGCUUCGAGAAAUAUUUGUCACAAUAUUUUAUAUAAUUGGUAGAAAUGAACGAAACACCGUGCCACCCGACCACGAUGAACAGUCAGCGAGUGACAGUCAAAAUCCCCGACGGAUUGCCGGCCCUAAUGAUGGUCGUCGCUCGAGAGGUGAUGCGUCACGCCCCUGAAGACGAGUGCACGGCGUACUCAAUCGUAGCCGAUUACUUGGAAGAAAUGAUAAAGGAAAAUCGUGGAAAAAGCGUCUCUUCUAUAGACAACGAAUGGACUCGUGAAAUUAUUGCUCAAAACUUGUUAAAAACGGUUGAAAAAUACGGCGUAACAACCGAAUCAGCUAACGACGCUGCAACUUUAAUACAGAGAGCGUGGAGAAAACACAAUAAACCAGUUUCGAAAUUAAAACAAGAUUCUUUGGAAACGGGAGACUGCUUCUCUUCUAAAGAACUUCUGGAGGACACUUUCGAUGAAAUGAAUUGCGAAAACGAUUCUGACGACAUGGAACGUGUGAAUGUAGUGAAAAAAGGCCAGAGAGACUAUGUGCCACCUAUUCCAGAUUUCAUAAAAGAUUCAUACUCGUUGAAAUAUGAAGGAAGUGUAAACAGUCAGCUAAAGGAUAUUUCUUAUGAAGACGAAGAAUAAAAUUAAAUAAUUUAAAGUCGUAAGGGUGUACACAUUUUUGAUUUAUUUAUUUAAUUAUUCGUAUUAAGACUAUCCAUUCAUAUCAAUAAACAGUAAUGAAUUUCGUUCGUGUAAA